GCAGGGCGAGCCAACAGGAGGCUGACCUGCAGGGAGAGCGCACGUUCGCGCUGAGAAGAGGAGACAGCCGUGCGUUUUUGCGCACGUUUUUAGCGCAGACAAACAGUGAAAGAUCUAGGAGGAGAGGUGUCUGUCGGACCAGUGCCGUGCCGUGAACAGAUGUGAGCGUUGAGCAGAGACCCUCAGGUGCGGAGAACGCAAACUGGCGCAGUUAGGAUGCAGAAAUCACCGGUGGAAGAUGCCAACUUUGUCUCCAGAUUCCUGUUUUGGUGGAUCACUCCACUGCUGAGGAGGGGCCUCAACAAAAAGUUGGAGCUGACAGAUGUGUACAAGGCUCCAUCGUUUGAUCUGGCAGACACGCUGUCAGAGAGACUUGAAAGAGAAUGGGACAGAGAGGUGGUGUCAUCCAAGAGGCCCAGGCUGCUGAAAGCACUGGCUCGCUGUUUCUUCCUGCCCUUCGCCUUCUUUGGUAUCCUUCUCUACCUCGGGGAAGCUUCAAAGACUGUGCAGCCUCAGCUUUCUGGACGCAUUAUUGCUUCCUUCGAUCCAUUCCAUUCUCCAGAGCGACAGCAGGGAUACUACCUGGCCCUGGGACUGGGCCUUCUCCUCACUGCUCGUUUCAUUCUCCUGCAGCCCGCCAUUUUCGGCCUUCAUCACCUUGGCAUGCAGAUUCGCAUUGCUCUUUUUAGUCUUAUUUACAAGAAGACCCUGAAGCUCUCCAGCAAAGUCUUGGACAAGAUCACCACAGGCCAGCUCGUCAGUCUGAUGUCUGCCCACCUCAACAAGCUGGAUGAGAGUCUGGGUCUUGCACACUUUGUGUGGAUCACGCCCCUGCAGUGUAUGCUGUGUGCGGGUCUGGUUUGGGAGCUGAUUGAGGUGAACUCCCUCUGGGGUUUAUUGGCCAUGAUCUUACUGGGAAUUUUCCAAGCCUGGCUCUCGAUGACAAUGACGCCUCCUCGCGCAAAGAGAGCUGCAUUCACCAGUCGUCGGCUGGCUCUCACCUCAGAAAUCAUGGAAAACAUCCAUUCUGUCAAAGCCUAUGGCUGGGAAGAGGUGAUGGAGACAAUAAUUAAGAACAUUAGGAAAGAUGAGAUGACUUUAACGAGGAAAAUUGGAUCCAUACGGUACUUUUAUAGCGCCUCAUACUUCUUCUCCGCCAUUGUGGUGAUCAUGGCGGCCAUUGUGCCCCAGGCGCUUACCCACGGCAUAAUCCUACGUCGAAUCUUCACCACAGCCUCUUACUGCAUAGUUCUGCGAAUGACGCUGACGCGCCAGCUGCCGGGUUCUAUCCAGAUGUGGUAUGACACUCUGGCCCUGAUUGAGAAAAUAGAGGACUUUUUGUUAAAGGAAGAAUACAGAGUUCUGGACUACAGCCUGACUACCGUCGGGCUUGAGAUGGUCAAUGUGUCUGCGUCCUGGGAUGAGGGCAUAGUUAAGCUGUUUGAGAAGAUACAGCAGGAGAAUAAAGCAAAUGGGCAUCUGAACGGGGAUGGAGGACUAUUUUUCACCAACUUGUACGUCACUCCUGUCCUUAAAAACAUCAGCUUGCAUUUGGAGGAAGGCAAGAUGCUUGCAGUUGCUGGGUCGACUGGGUCUGGGAAGAGUUCACUGCUCAUGAUGAUCCUGGGAGAGUUGGUGCCGACGGAGGGUAAAAUCAGACACAGUGGCCGGAUUUCCUACUCACCGCAGACUGCUUGGAUUAUGCCAGGAACCAUCCGUGACAACAUCCUGUUCGGCCUGACCUAUGACGAGUACCGGUAUAACUCCAUCAUUAAGGCCUGCCAGCUGGAGGAGGACUUUGCGUCACUGCCUGAAAAAGACAAGACAGCUCUUGGUGAAGGAGGAUCGACGCUCAGCGGCGGUCAGAGGGCACGCAUCUGCUUGGCCAGGAGUGUGUAUAAAGAUGCAGCCCUUUACCUGCUGGAUGCUCCUUUCACCCACCUGGACAUUGCAACAGAGAAAGAGGUCUUUGAUAAAUGUGUCUGUAAGCUGAUGGGCUCCAAGACCCGUGUUGUGGUCACCAGCAAGCUAGAGCACCUCAAGCGUUCAGACAAAAUCCUCAUGCUGCACAACGGAGAGUGUUACUUUUAUGGUACAUUUUCAGAGCUGCAGGCACAACGCCCCGACUUCAGCUCCCUCCUGCUUGGUCUUGAAGCUUAUGACAACAUUGUCGCGGAGCGACGCUCUUCCAUUCUCACAGAAACUCUUCGCAGGGUCUCGGUUGACGAAACCGCUGGCUUCCGAGGCCCGGAAGCACUUCGCCAGUCGUUCCAGCACGCGCCACCUCAGGGUCACAACGGGGUUGAUGGAUACCCUGAAAAACGCAAACAGUCUCUCAUCCUUAACCCCAUUGCAGCUGCUCGCAAAAUCUCCUUUAUAGGGAACUCCCAGCAGACAGGCACACUCCAGCCGUCACUCAUGGAGGAGGGUGGCAAUGAACUUUCCGACAGAAGAUUCUCUGUGGUGCCGGAGGAUGAUCAAGUGGAGGAAGCACUUCCAAGGAGUAACCUGUACCACCACGGGCUGCAGCACCUCGGUGGACAGCGGCGCCAGUCCGUCCUGGCUUUCAUUACUAACGCUCAGGGCCAAGACCGCAGAGAGAGGAUGCAGUCAUCGUUCAGAAAAAAGCUGUCUGUCACACCACAGUACGACCUGGCAACAGAGCUGGACAUCUAUGCACGGCGCCUGUCCAAGGACAGCGUUUUUGAGAUCACAGAAGAGGUGGAGGAAGAAGACAUGGAGCAAUGCUUUGCAGAUGAGCGUGAGAAUGUCUUUGUGACUACCUCGUGGAGCACUUACCUCCGCUAUGUUUCCACCAACAAAACCCUGAUAUAUGUCCUUAUUUUCAUUGCUAUUGUUUUUGCCAUUGAGGUUGCUGGUUCAGUCAUUGGUAUUUUUCUCAUAACAGAUAAAGUCUGGAGAGAUGGUGCCAACCCAAACUCACCCAACUACAUCGAUGAUCAGCCCAUCAAUUCCUCGUCCCCCCCGGUCCAUCUGGCAGUUAUUGUGACUCCGACCAGCGCCUAUUACAUUAUUUACAUCUUUGUGGCCCAUUCAGACAGCAUACUGGCCCUCGGAGUCUUCAGGGGCCUUCCUUUGGUGCACUCACUGCUCACCGUUUCCGAACGACUUCAUGAGCAGAUGCUGAGCGCUGUGCUGCGCGCCCCCAUGUCCGUGCUCAAUUCCAUUAAAACAGCUCGCAUAAUGAACAGAUUUACCAAGGACAUGGCCAUUAUUGAAGACAUGCUGCCUCCUAUGCUGUUUGACCUCAUACAGUUAACACUACUGGUCAUCGGAUGCAUCUUCACCGUGUCCAUCAUGCGACCUUACAUCUUCAUAGCUGCCAUUCCCCUGGCUGUCAUAUUUGUUGUCCUGAGGAAGUACUAUCUACGAACAGGACAGCAGCUCAAACAGCUGGAGGCUGAAGCUCGUACUCCCAUCUUCUCUCACCUUGUACUCUCACUAAAGGGUUUAUGGACAAUUCGGGCAUUUGGCCGACAGACUUACUUUGAGACGCUCUUCCACAAGGCUCUUAACACCCACACAGCCACCUGGUUCCAUUACCUGUCUGCCCUGAGAUGGUUCCUCUUCCGUUGUGACGUGCUUUUUGUCCUGUUCUUCACUGCUGCCGCCUUCAUCGCUGUUGGAACCAACCAAGACCGGCCAGGGGAGAUUGGAAUCAUUGUGGCUCUGGCCAUGCUUAUUUUGGGGACUUUCCAAUGGGCAAUCAUCACCAGCAUUAAUGUGGACGGACUGAUGCGUUCAGUGGAUCGAGUGUUCAAAUUCAUUGACCUGCCGUCAGAGGAGAUGCCAGUGGGGAAUUCUGGGGGGAUGCAAGGUUCUGAUCUCAUCAUUGACAACCCUCACGCCCAGAUCUACUGGCCCAACCGCGGCCAAAUGGACGUCAAGGGUCUUACUGUCAAAUACACGGAGACGGGACAUCCCGUCCUCAGUAACAUCUCCUUCUCGGUAGAGGGAGGCCAGAGUGUGGGUUUGCUGGGUCGGACUGGCUCAGGAAAGAGUACCCUGCUGUCCGCUUUGCUGCGUCUCGCCUGCACUGAGGGGGAAAUGUCCAUUGAUGGCGUUUCGUCGAGCUCCGUCUCCAUUCAGACGUGGAGAAAAGCCUUCGGAGUGGUGCCUCAGAGAAUUUUCAUUCUGACUGGAACUUUCCGGAUGAAUCUGGACCCAUACGGACGCUACAGCGAUGACGAUCUGUGGAGGGUGGCUGAAGAGGUUGGUUUAAAGUCGGUCAUCGAGCAGUUUCCUGAUAAACUGGAUUUCCAUCUGGUAGAUGGAGGCAGCGUGCUGAGCAACGGCCACAAACAGCUGAUCUGUCUUGCCCGCUCCAUCCUCAGCCGGGCCCGCAUCCUUCUGCUUGACGAGCCGUCUGCUUACCUUGACCCCAUAACUCUGGUGAUCCUGAGGAAGACCCUAAAGCAGUCCUUCUCCAACUGCACCGUCAUCCUGUCGGAGCACAGAGUGGAGCCUCUGCUGGAGUGUCAGUCGUUCCUUAUGGUCGAGAAUGGUGCCUUGAAAAACUAUGAGUCCAUUCAGAAACUCAUGAGUGAGGUGGCCCACCUGAGACAGGCUAUAAGCCCUGCAGACCAGCACCGUUUCCCAAUGCUCCACCGUCUCAACUCCACCAAGAGGCCCCUGCCACAGACCACCAAGAUCUCCUCACUGCCAGAGGAAGCUGAGGAUGAAGUUCAGGACACCCGACUCUGAGAAGCCAGCUGGAAACACAUCCAUAGACGAGCAACAGGGCUUUGAACCUUUUUAUAAUUUGGGAUUAUUUUUAAAGCACUAGUUGUUAAAAAGGACAAAUGUGAGCAACAGGUGUUGCUUUUGUUCAGCUGUAGAUUUCUUUUUGAAUGGAAUCACAUGAGCCUAAACAAACACAGAAGUGAUGACAGUGCAUUUUUGUGUAAAAUGACUUAUCAAUGUUUGCCUUCAGAUUAUAUCAGGUGUGUACAGAAAGAAGUUGAAGGCUGUAAAUAAAAGUGAAACGUUUGCAAAACUUCA